AUGGGGGUUUCAGCAUCCGUCCCUGAGAAAUCUAUCCAUGAAUUCACCGUCAAGGACAGCAGAGGUAAGGAUGUUGAACUUAACGACUACAAGGGGAAGGUUCUUCUCGUUGUUAAUGUAGCUUCCAGAUGUGGAUUCACGGAUUCGAAUUACACCCAGUUGACUGAUCUGUAUAGCAAAUACAAGGACCGAGGUUUCGAAAUUCUAGCAUUCCCGUGCAAUCAAUUCUUGAAUCAGGAGCCAGGCUCGAGUGAGGAGGCACAGGAGUUUGCGUGUACAAGAUAUAAGGCCGAGUAUCCAAUUUUCCAUAAGGUACGUGUUAAUGGGAAUCAGGCUGCACCAGUGUACAAAUUCCUGAAGACAUACAAGAGUGGAUUCCUGGGUUCAAGGAUAAAAUGGAAUUUCACCAAGUUCUUGAUCAACAAAGAUGGGCAAAUUGUGGGUCGGUUUGGCCCAACCGUUGCUCCUCUGGCGAUUGAGAAACAUAUCAAGAAAGAACUCGGAGACGAGGAAUGA